AACUCAUAAGAAGAGGAAGAAGAAGAAGAACCGUUGUUCCUGUUAGCUUCGACCAGCUUCCAUGAUUCCCAUCUAUGCCAACUGCUGCUGUCCAGUCCUGAUGUGUGGAAGUUUCUAUAGACAGUUGUGUUGUCGUGUCUCAGAUUAAUAUGUUAUCACUUUAAGAUGAUUUCAGUCCAGAAUCUGAGAGAGUUGAUCAACGAGCGACUAACUGCUGCUGCUGAAGAAAUAUUCACACUGUUUGAAAAAAUCAUCUUCCAGUACGAGGAGGAGAUCGAUCGUCAGCGUCGACUGCUGGAUAACAUCUGGAAACCAGAGAUAAAGUUAAACACAGCAGAGGUUUUACAGCAACAUGUCAAAGAGGAGAAUGUUCUUGCUGACCAGAAUCUCUGCAACCAGGGGAGGAACUCCAGUCUGGACCAGGAGGAGCCAGAGCCUCCACAGAUGAAAGAGGAGCAGGAGGAACUGUGCACCAGUCAGCUGGGAAAGCAGAUUGUAUUGAAGCAAGAGACUGAUACCUUCCUAUUGACUUCAACUGAUAAGGACAGUGACCACAGUGAACUAGAACCAAACAACGACCAGCUCAUCUCUGACAGUUUACCAGUAGGUGAGAGCCCACAUCGGGAAGGAAGUCAGCAUGUAGACUCAGGAAUAACUAGAAAUGCUGCGCUGAAGCCAAAGAAGAGUCACAACCGAAAGAGCAGGCACAGUAAGAAUGUAGACAAGUCUUCAUUGUCAGGAAUUCACCAUGGUGCUAAUGCAAGUAGAAAGUCUGUAAAAUGUGAUGUUUGUGGAAACACCUUUAAGAGUAAGUACCAACUGAAGAAACAUCACCAAAUCCACAAAGGUGUAAAGCCAUUUGCUUGCAAUGCAUGUGGAAAAAGUUUUAGUGGGCGGUCUGAGCUGAACAUCCACAUGAGAACUCACACAGGUGAGAAGCCGUAUUCUUGUAAAACAUGUGGGAAAAGUUUCAGUCAAAAUAGUAGCGUGAAUAUCCACAUGAGAACUCACACAGGUGAGAAGCCGUAUUCUUGUAAAACAUGUGGGAAAAGUUUCAGUCAAAGUAGUAACCUGACUGUCCACAUGAGAAAUCACACAGAUAAGAGGCCAUGCAUUUGUGAAAGAUGUGGGAAAAGUUUCAGUCAAAGUAGUCAUCUGACUCUCCACCUGAGAACUCACACAGGUGAGAGGCCGUAUUCUUGUAGAAGAUGUGGGAAAAGUUUCAGUGAACGUGGUAGUCUGACUAUCCACAUGAGAAGUCACAUCGGUGAGAAGCUGUAGUCCUGGAACUUUGGUGGGAACAAAGCUUGAAACAACACACAGUCAUUCACAUCGUUCAGCGUAAAAGUAGGCCUUUUAGAUUUAAAUCACCUUUAGACCGCUUCAACAAUAUUUCUGUGAGUUUAAUACAUGUCGGAUAGUGACACAUGGAGUUGUAGGGGGGGUCAGAUUUUUCUGGGCUACUUAACAAAAUCUGACUUCCCCUACAACUUCUCUCCUGUAAUGACUUGAUACUUCACACAGCAGCAGCAGCAGCGGUGCAGAUGUUGUAGCUGAGAAAGUUUGGAGGUUGUCACUUCUUGCAUUCCCAAAAUAGUAGGGGAGUCAGAUUUUGUUAAGUGACCCUACAAAAUCUGACUUCACAUUUUAUUAUCCCCCGCCUCCACGAAGUGGAAAAGGGGGAUAUAGGUUUGGCCUCUGUCCGUCCGUCCGUGCUUCCGUGCGUCCGAGAUGAAGGGGACAGCUUUUCUCGGAAACUAUUACAGCUAGGAUUACGAAAUUUAGUGUGUAGCUUCACACCAUGGACACCUUGAUCAAGUUCGAAAAUGAGACCUGUGCGAUAAUAUUUAAGAGUUAUGGCCCUUGAUCACUAUUUUGGAUAUAGACUCAUAGACAUCACAUGUGGCGGGGGAUAUUGAUGACCAUGUCGUCGUGUUUCAUAUCAUACAAUCUGCACAGUUAACUCAACCUGCAUAUUUCUGUUAAAGUCCAAGUUUUGAAAUAGUCUCUCUGUUCUUAAUCUGCCAUACUGUGAUCAUUUAGCCCCUUAUUUUAUUAUUCUGUUCUUACAGACUGUAAUUUACUAUUUAAAAAAAAAAACAAAAAACUUGUGAUUUGGUGUUUUAGCUGUUGUAGCAAAUAAUUUCCCAGGUAUGGGAUAAAUAAAGAAUUUCAAUUCUAUUAUAUUGUUUACUGGCCCAAUAAAAAUAACAAAUGACUUUAUACUUAAGAACUAUACUUAUAUUAAAGACUUUAUACAUAAAUACCAGACAUAUUUUGAUGCCAUAUCUUGCAUUCUUAGGGGAGUCCAGUUUUAAGUAAGGAGAUGUAAAGUUUUCUCAGUGAAUAAAUAUUUUAUUGACACGUGUAGAACACUGAUGGAAUAUGAACAAUAUUUGGUGAUUACACCCUGUCCUGUCCUAAUGUCCUCAUAGGAGUGAAGCUGAGAGUAGCGUAGCAUCUCCCCCCGAUGCCAUUUAGGGUGCGCACAUACGGAUGAGAAGAGGAGGAGAAACAUGUCGCCUAAUCAUAUUUAACAGGAAAACACGUCUGCAGGUCGGUACUUAAUCACAUUUAACCCGAAAACAACAGCAAAAACAGUAAACGUACAACAGAAAACCCGUCAAGUGGCCACAGAGUGAAACGUAAGUCACGCACGUUCACGUGAAGGGGGAGUCAGAUUUUUCCGGGGAGUGUGAAAAUUGCACAACACCUGAACACGAACCGUGGAGCCCUGAAACACACAUUCAUAUCAAAAUAUGCUUUGUCCUCACUCGUUACAGUUGUUGUUUUUUUAAAUCAUUGGAUUAUCAGAUUUCAAAGGGUUGGAAACAAACCAGCAGUAAAUAUGUAAAGAUGCAGAACCCUGAUAUGCACUCUGCUUCGUCUUAUUCCUCAGAAACCAAGCAGCACUGCACAGCCACCAGGAUUAGUUGAUCAGUCGCAAUCAGGAAACAAAACAUUAAAACAAUAAAAUGUGAAAAAAAGACAAUCUCAAAUACAAACAAACAAACAGAAAAGAGCAGUAACAGAGCAAAACAAUUCAUAUUGUCUAUUUUUAACAGUAAUGCUCACAUCUGAGGGCUGGAUGUGCAAAAUAUGGUAUUGAAAAUAAUUACUGUUGUUAUUAAUCUAAAAUAUGUAUGUUCAUGAGUUUCCACCAUCUAUGAACUUUUUUUCUCAUAAUGUGGCCUCUAAUCUCGAUACAAGAUCAAGAAAAGAACAUUACUGAACUGAAAUCAUCUUUGAGCCCUGCAGCAGCAUUCCUGUAGUUCAUAUCAUGGAGCUGAACCGUCACCGUGUUACAUGCACUUGUUAUCUUUACAUGCAUGUAUGCAGGCCCUUAAAAAUAAAUAUACAAUAAAUGUAAUCCCUCUCUGAUUCUCCA